UUUCCCCGGAAGUUUAGACUCAGGUCCACAAAGGCAGGUUUAAGGUUCCUUUGCGCAUGCGCACUUGGCUGAUCUAUAUAAAUUCAUUGCUCGGUGGGCAUUUUAACGCUGAUCUGGUGCAAAAAACAUCCUCGCAUCGUUUAAGGACACCGACAGGACCAUCACCAUGACAUUCAGUGGAUCAUAUGUACAGGUAGCGGUGGUUCUGCUCGCGGUCCAGCUUGUCUGUGUCGGUGCCGCCGAGGCGGAUCAGGAGACCGGGACCGUGAUCCCAGCAGAAAGUCGUCCGUGCGUUGACUGUCAUGCCUUUGAGUUCAUGCAGAGGGCGCUGCAAGAUCUGAGGAAGACCGCUUUUAACCUUGAUGCCAGGACAGAGACUUUGGUGCUGCGGGCGGAGAGGAGGGCUCUGUGUGACUGUAUGCCCACCACCACGCUGCGCUGAGCCCCACCUGCUCGGACACCCUAACAGCAAUCCAUCUCAAACCUCUACACAUGUACAGAAAUUCCCAUCAGAACUCCUCUAAACAACAGGCACUUUAUUUGAUUUGUUUCCACAUCAUCACAUUCGAGUGCAGCUCUGAUUUGAGCCACAGGGGACGUCGUUGUCUUUGCCUUAUUUAAGACUUUGACAUCGCCUAUGUUUGUGAUUCACUCAUCUCUGAAUUUCAUUCACCAUCCUCAUUGUUAUCUGCUGUCAUUAUCCAUGCAGCAUAAACACGUUUUUCUACCUUCUAGUAACUGACUGUAAAAUGUAGGACGCAAUAGGAUGCAUCUGUUUAUGAUUGUGUUGUAUGAGGUUAGUGUUUACACACUUCCAACUGUAGCAUCGGAGUUUAUUGAACUGCUCAUAAUAACAGCAGUUUGACAUAGUCGUUUAAGAUAAUAGGCAGAAUCUGACUGUAAUUUAAAUAAUUCUAAUUAGUGGACUCAGAGCCUGUGGGAGCGGUUGGGUAACUUUGAUGAAAGUUUUGUUUUCUUCCAUAAUCGACUAUGGAGAGGUUUUGUAUUUGUGAAGAUACUUUAAGGAAGAACAAUCGUAGGACUUGGUUUAGCGCAGCACUGUAGCAUGAAUUUAUAGCACUUUCAUUUUGCGUGGUAAUAAAGAUAGCGUGUACAAAUGAUGUGAAUUCGCUGGAGCACGUCGGCAGACCUCUGCCCGAUUUAAAGGCGUCUGCAGGAAAAGUGAUGAAGAGGAAGGGAUCAGAUGAGCUGUGGCAUCAGCAGGGAAGGAGGGAAGGGAUGAAGAGAACUGCAGCAGGGAACAAAAAUCGUCUUACUGUUGCUCUUUCAUCAACAAUUUAUUUUGCAAGUCACAAGAGGCUCCAUUUACAGUCUUAAUGUUGUACCUAUGAAUAAAAACACUAAACAACCA